CAGUGUCUUCCCCUUCUCUCACCUUCGACUCCUCUCUGAUUAGGUGUGUGUUCCACAACAUGGCAUCAGAGCAGGGUGGCUUGGGGGCCUAAUUUGCGGUGGUGGAGAGCUGAAUCGGGGCUGGGUUGGUCGGCUGUGGUGGAGGAGUGUGACUGGCGGCAGUUGAGGCGCAGCGCUGGUCAGCAAGGGCGCGUCGGAUGUCAACAGGCAACGAGGUUCAGCCGCUGCGGUGACUCGAUUUGAGCAUUCCCUUCGUUGCUGGAGCUGAACAGGUCAGGCAUUUGGGUACUCAGUCUGAGGUGUGUGUGCUGGGUGUGGAGGAACUGAAGGUAUGGCAGGCAAUGAAAAUGCCCCAGCAGGAGUCACAGCGGGGGAGCUUGCUGCUGUUUUGCAGGCGAUGGAUGAGAAGUAUCGGGUGUUGUUUGAUGCAAUUAACAAGCAAGCAGGGAACUCAAGAUCAGAAGUGGAGAUAAAAGAAGAGGUGCAUCCUUUGCAAAUGCCCCAUGUAAAAUUAGAAGGGCCUGGGAGUUAUGUGAGUUGGGCAGAGCAUACAGGGACCAUUUUGGUCUCUAGGAAGCUUGAAGGUUAUAUUUUAGGCAUGGUGGAGAAGCCUGCAGAUGAGAGUUCCAAAGAAGGCCAGAAGUGGAAGGCGACAAAUGCACUUGUGAGGGCCUGGUUAUUGAGCUCAGUACCACCUCAGAUCGCUAAGCAAAUUGAAAGGAUUAAAGAAGCUUCUGAAAUCUGGAGAUUAUUGAAAGGGACAUUCUCAGGAGUAGGAAACGAAAUGCUUGCUUGCAAGAUUCAGAAGGAGUUGCAGGACCUGAGUCAAGGCGAGAAGACAGUGGUUGACUAUGUUUCUGAGCUAAAACGACUUUGGAGCGAUUUGGAUUAUUAUGAUCCAAUUGAGAUGGAGUGUGGCAAGUGCAUUGAAAAAUACAAUAAAUGGACCGAGAGGAGGCGUGUUAGGGAUUUUCUAAAUGGACUUAAUUCUAAGUUUGAAAACAGAAGGGCUGCAUUGUAUGGUAGUGGGAAACUACCUAACCUGGAGCAAGCAAUAUCUGCAAUUAUUAGUGAGGAAACUCGGUUGAAGCUGGAGGCUACAGGAUCGUCUACACAAGGCGUCGCACAGAGGCGCUCAGCCUUCCUUGCUACAGAAGGGGCAAAUUUUCAAAGAUUAGGAGCAAGUAUAUAUGAGAAGAAAUGUUUUGAAUGUGGCCAGCCAGGACACUUGCGAGUCUCUUGUCCUGAAUUAGUUGGAGCAGGCCGGGGUAGAGGACAAGAAUGGCGUGGCAGGGGUCGUGGACGUGGAGGUAACCGGGGGCGUGGUGUGCGACCUACAGGCAGGGCAAAUAUCUCAUCAGUUAUUGAAGAAGCCCCACAAACUAUGAAAGUAGAGAUGUCAGUCGAUGACUGGGAGAGGUGGAGCAAAUUUAAGGGAAUGUGUUUGGAGGAUAAGCAAUCUAUCGAGGCUUCUACUACAUCCACUUCUGCUGCAUCUGCCAACUUUGGUGGAACUUGGGACUGGAAGAAGGCUUUGGACAGGGAGCAUGCGUGAUGGCAUGUACUACUUAGAUGAUAACAUGUCACCUACUGUUGCUGCUGUGUUGUCUCACUCUCCACUGGAGGAAUUUCUUCUUCAUCAUCGCAGGCUAGGACAUAUGUCUUUUGUCAUUUUGGGUCAGCUUUAUCCAAACCUGUAUAAUAAAAUUAGCAAAGAGAAUCUAGUAUGUGAUGCGUGCCACUAUGGGAAACAGACUAGGAGUACUUAUGUAUCUUCUGAUA